AUGGCAACUCAACAGGAUGCAGAACCGGCCUUAACGAGCGCUGCCGGUUCUGCUGCCGGCGCGGUCUCUUUAUCCAAACCAGAUCGUUCUUCUACAUCUACUCCUAAAAAUAGAUCAGAUGCGCCGGACGAUUCACACAUCGGCGCUCAUUUGGGUCGCGACAAAGAUACCUUCAAACAGAUACUGAUAGGACAGGCUAUUGCCCGGGACCACAUACACUCUGCUGCUAUGGUUAGCGACAAAGACCGGCAAAACGAGCAUAACAAAUACCAAUUUAAAAUGAUCAACGACUAUAAGCUUUUACGAAACGAAUACAGAGCAUGGUUUACACCUAGUAGACUUUUCGGAGAGGGCUACAGUGGUUAUGGUAAUGGGAGAACAGAGAUCGGACAACAGUCGCGAUUGAUGUAUCCAGCUCAGAAACUCAGGCCGGGUAAGCGACAAGCGCCGCCUCUCAAAUGGAAGAGGAAGGAUAUGAAGCAGCAGGCCGAGCAGCAUGAAGAGUUAGUUCCCGUCCGGCUAGAUGUAGAUUGGGACAAGAUCAAGUUACGCGACACCUUCACAUGGAAUCUCCAUGAGAGAAUUGUCGGUGCUGAUCUAUUCGCAGCGCAUUUAGUAGAAGAUAUGGGACUCAAGGCGCCUGCCGCUCAACCCGUAUUUGAGCAGGUUGUGCAGCAGAUGCACGAGCAACUCAACGACUUUUACCCCUUUGUAUUCUCCGACGAAGAUGCGUUAGACCCCGAGUUACCUUACUCAGCUUGGAAGAAUGACGAGAUGAGAAUAUUAGUCAAGCUUAACAUCACCAUUGGGCAGCAUACCUUAGUAGACCAGUUCGAAUGGGAGAUCAAUAACCCUCUCAACUCGCCCGAGGAAUUUGCGGCGAGCAUGGCCAAGGACCUUGCACUCUCUGGAGAGUUCACCACAGCCAUUGCUCAUUGCAUUCGAGAGCAGACGCAGCUUUUCACACGGAGCUUAUACAGUAUAGGACACCCAUUUGACGGCAGACCAAUUGAGGACCCAGAUUUAAUCAUGGCUUUUCUCCCAUCACCGUUGCCCUCCGUGUUCCGGCCGCAGCAACAGGCUAAGGAAUACGCUCCGUAUCUAUAUGAGCUCAGCGAGGCGGACCUAGAACGGAAUGAGAUGGUAUUCUCCCGAGAGCAAAGAAGACAAAAGAGAUCCAUAAAUAGACGAGGAGGACCUACUCUACCAGAUCUAAAGGAGAGACAGAGAACAAUUCGAACUCUUGUUGUCUCCUCUACACUACCUGGUGCGGCAGAAAACGUAGAAGAGAGCAGACUUUAUAAGCGAGUCGCGGGUGCGCCAGGCGCAAGCACAGGCAGGAGGAGAGGUCCCGGAGCACGUGACGGCGAUAUAUCAGAUUCCGAUGAAAGUGAUGAUUCGGGUCCCGAUUCUCCUGCUGCUUCACAGUUAACCGGUACGGCGAGAACGAGAGGUAUGAGAGGUGCUGCAACUGCUGCACAGCAGCGGAUGGCGAACCUCGGCCGAUCCGAAACCCCCGAAGCCACGAUACAUCACCACGAAACCCGGACAUCAAGAAGAUUUGGGCGUGAACUAACUAGGGAAGACACCGAAGAACCCCAACAACUCCAGGUGACGCUUAGGGUUAUGAAUAAAGAGAGAUUACGGAAGAUUUUAUUACGCGAUCCUAGGUUGAAGCAAAAUACACCAGGCAGAUCACAGACACCAUCUCAAUCCCAUGCCCGUGCCCAUAGUGCCUCUGUAUCGAAUAGCAUGCCUCCUCCUCCUUCUACUCCGAACGCCUCGACAUCAGCAGCCAUUGCGACAACCCCUUCCAAUGUUAUACCACCAGGACAAAUUGGCCGAGUUGAAGCCCCUGCAUCGAUAGCCGGGGCGCCUCCCCCAGUUCCCCCCCCUCCUCCCGCAUGGCUCGUCACGGCACUGGAGAAGUUCAAACAAGAGCCGGCGUAUGCCAACGACAGGUUUGAAGGAAUCAUGCGGUAUAGCUCAGUCGAUUCUAACACGGGCGCGCCUGUCCCUCUACCUCAGCAAGGCGAACCGAUUCCCCCGCACGUGCGAUUUUAUUUCCUCCCGCGGAUCCGGUGUCUCGAUUGCCCGGGUAAGCUGUACACACCGGGACCAGACAUAUCAGCUUCAAACUUCGAGGUCCAUCUUAAGAAUAAGGUACAUAAAGAGAAGGUCGAGCUCCGGCUGGCGUCGGAAGGCAAGGCGGGCGGAGUCUCGUGA